AUGGAUCAUGGAAAUGGGGAGAACAAUGGUUCCCUGGUCUGGUGCCAGAAUCACAAGCAGUGUUCUAAGUGCCUGGAGCCCUGCAAGGCGUCCUGGGACCUGCGGAAUCAGCAGUGCCAGAGCUUCUGUGAGCCUCUGUUCCCCAAGAAGAACUACGAAUGCCUGACCAGCUGUGAGUUCCUCAAGUACAUCCUGUCGGUGAAGCAGGGGGACUGUCCAGCUCCUGAGAAAGCCAGCGGGUUUGCGGCCGCCUGCGUGGAAAGCUGCGAGGUGGACAACGAGUGCUCUGGGGUUAAGAAAUGCUGCUCCAAUGGAUGCGGACACACCUGCCAGGUGCCCAAGACUCUGUACAAAGGCGUCCCCCUGAAGCCCAGGAAGGAGCUACGAUUCACAGAGCUGCAGUCUGGACAGCUGGAGGUCAAGUGGUCCUCGAAAUUCAAUAUUUCCAUCGAGCCGGUGAUCUACGUGGUACAGAGGAGAUGGAAUUACGGAAUCCACCCUAGUGAAGACGACGCCACGCCCUGGCAGACCAUAGCCCAGACCACGGAUGAGCGGGUCCAGCUGACCGACAUACGACCCAGCAGGUGGUACCAGUUCCGCGUGGCGGCCGUCAACGUGCACGGGACCCGAGGCUUCACCGCCCCCAGCAAACACUUCCGCUCUUCCAAAGAUCCAGCCGCACCACCGGCCCCAGCCAACCUCCGGCUCGCAAACUCCACCGUAAACAGCGAUGGGAGCGUGAGUGUGACGAUGGUUUGGGACCUGCCCGAGGAACCAGACAUCCCCGUGCAUCACUACAAGGUGUUCUGGAGCUGGACGGUCAGCAGCAAGUCACUCGUGCCGACGAAGAAGAAGAGGAGGAAGACCACGGAGGGGUCUCAGAACUCCGUGACGCUGGAGCGGCUGCUGCCCAACUGCGAGUACACGGUGGAGCUGCAGGCCAUCGCGUACUGGGGCCAGACGCGCCUCAAGAGCGCCAAGGUGUCCCUCCAGUUCACGUCCACACACGCCGCCCACAACAAGCAACAACUUGGGAAAACAAGGAAAAGGGUGACGCCAAUCCAGCCUCCCUUUCAGAGACGACGGCCCACGAGCCUCCUGGAAAUGGGAGCUCCGUUCUACCAAGACAACCAACUGCAAGCGAAGGUCUACUGGAAAAAGACGGAAGAUCCCGGUGUCAGUCGGUACCACGUGCAGUGGUCUCCGGAAGUCUGUGCCCACAACGAAUCCGCCAGCCUGGAGGCAUCCUCGGCCCUGACCCAGGAAAAUUACAUGAUCCUUCAAGAUCUGUCAUUUGCCUGCAAAUAUAAGGUGACCGUGCAGCCCACACGGCCAAAGGGCCGCUUGAAGGCAGAAACCGUUUUCUUCACUACGCCGCCUUGCUCCGCCCUUAAGGGCAAAAGCCACAAGCACGUCAGCUGCCCUGGAGAAGCAGGUCACAUUCACUCCAGAGUACAAGCCAAGCCCGAGAACCUCUCCGCCUCCUUCGUGGUCCAGGACGUGAGCAUCACAGGACACUUCUCGUGGAAGAUGGCCAAGGCCACCCUCUACCAGCCCAUGACCGGCUUCCAGGUGACCUGGGCGGAGGUCACCACCGAGAGCAGGCAGAACAGCCUUCCCAACAGCAUCAUCUCGCAGUCCCAGAUCCUGCCCGCGGAUCACUACGUGCUCACGGUGCCCAGUCUGCGGCCGGCCACACUCUACCGCCUGGAGGUGCAGGUGCUGACGGCGGCGGGGGAGGGGCCCGCCACCAUCAGGACCUUCCGGACCCCUGAUCUCCCGCCCUCGGCUGCGGCUGCGCACAGACCCCACCUUAAACAUCAGCAUGCGCAUCAUUACAAGCCGCCUCCCGAAAGAUACUGACCUCUUCCCGAAAAUGCCUGACAGCUGAUCGACUGACCGCGUGAGCUCUUGGGCCCUCCCGGACUGGCCGCGCCUGCUCCCAGAGGCAGCAGGUGUCCCUGUUAAGCCUCUGGCCCUCAUCUACCUGCACUGCACGUAAUGCUUCCGCCCAGGUGGGAUGUGGCCAGAAAGCAGUGGCAGGCAGUGAGCCCCUGGAGGUGCAUAGCAGUUUCCUUUGAGAAUGGAGGAGGCCAAGGGUGGGCCUGGGUCCUGGCAAUGUCUGUUUCCCCCUUUGGUGUGGCUAAUUGCAACGGAAUGACUGUAGAUCCCAGGUGUCCCUGAAUUUGGACCAGCAAAUGCUCAAAAGAAACCCGCGUAAUAAAUACCUAAUUUCUACAUGUAAGAAGCAUACUGAACAUACACAUAUUAGGCAUAAAGUUUAUCAAUAAACAUUUUAAAAUUAUGGAUUGGAUUUGCAAAAUCCACUAAGAUGAUACAGUUUUUCAGGCCCUGUUUAUUCACAUAUUUAAGACAAUUGCUAUCAGGUGUGAUCAUUGUAACAGAGUACUUGUAACCUGAAAUAUACCAUGAAUUGACACAUGAAAUGCUUCCUCUGCAAGUGCUUAAGCUUCGUUCUCCACAAAGGCAAGGAAGACCGCCUGCCUGCGAACAGUGACUUAGGCAAGAUACCCAGAACAGCAGGGAGUCGUGAUGUACGCUGCUCUCCGGACAUUGCCUGGGCGAAAUGAAAAUUCUUCUCUGGGGCAUACGCGUCCAUAUUUCAUUCUAUGAGACUGAUUGUCCUGUGACAUUGUCUUAUUUCUAUUUUCCUUUUUCUUCCUUCCCGUGGAAAACAGCUGCUGGUGUGCUCUGUUUUGCUGCUCACAGGUCCCUAAAACGUAACAAAACCUCUGGCUUGAGAGGCGAGCAUCCCAGCAAUUUGAGUAUUUCCAAAUCUUUAUUGAGCUUGGCCUGUUCUUAAUCCAGGCAUGCUCUUUGUACGGCCGAAUCUUCUCCGCAAUGUGCAGAGGGAGGAGGGCCUCUGGUUGGGAGAGGUGGACAGCUAUUUGAUGAACGCUUCUUCACUCGUUCAGAUCUCUGGCAUCUGGUUUGAAGACUCUCCCAGACUCCACCCUACCCACGUGUAUCACAAAGUCAAGUCAGAUCACGCUGUCAGUAUAUGGUACUGCAGGCUGCGUUGGGGCGGCUUGCAACCCAGAAAUAUUUGGUUUAAUAGAGUUUUCUUCUUGAGGGCAUACCCAUGUGUAUGUUUUGAAACAGGUCUGUAUGUAUGUGGGUCUGCAUACUGAUGCGUGUCUGUGGGUACGUACAUAGAAAUACAGACGCACACACAGACUCACAUACAAACGUGCCUAUACGUUGAGUACGGACCAUGGAAGAUGUUUUCCUAGCUCACCAAUGGCGGAUAAAGGUACGGUUCUUCUCACGGGCCUCACGAUAAUCGGUUUUCCUCCUCAGUAUUGAUUCUACGAGAAAAGAGCCACUGAUCAGCAUCAAACAUGGUAAAGGAAGGGCUUCCUUGUGCAUCCACACAAGCCAAACGAAGACAUUUUCAGUAACGCCUUGCCGGGGUUUUCACGGUGGGUCUUGGAACUCGGUGUUGUGUUCCAUCUUCUAAAUGCCUGCAGUGGCCCUGAUGCGCCUGCUGAACAGCAGCCAGGACUUGCUCUCUGCCAGGCCUCACACUCGCUCGAAAAGCAGAGGGCACAUAGCACAGAAAGUAAUGCGGUGGCCGCAUCGAUGCCUCUGCUUAGGGAACCCCGUCUGUAAGCACAGACCCUCAGUGGCGAUGCCAAAGGCUUUCCUGGGCAUGAAGAUACAUUACACGUUGUUAAGGCUGGCGGGGUUUGCCGCUCUGGACAGGAGGUCUCAGCAUGGACGUCAGGGCCUCUGACCAUUUUUUUGCAGCUCCUAAAGUGGCCUGCGAUGGACUUACCACCGUGUGUCCUGAAAUCACCUGGCUCCUAGAAUCUUGGAUUUUGACAGGAGAGAACAGGAGCAGCCUUCACUUAAAAAACACCGCUGCGCUUGAGCAAACACAGAGGCCUUCUCUGAAACGACGAUUUAUCCGUGUGCCAUGCCCAGCAGCGGACCUGCCAAAUCUUAAACUUUCAAAAAUAAGGUUGAUUUUCACCUGAAUUUGUCAUGAGCAAAUCCAAGCAUUCGUGCCAGCAAAUUUCUGUACUGUUAAAUUGUUGCAAGGCACGAGUAUAUACAUAGAUAAAAGUAUUACUAAAUUAUUAAAUAAGUUUAAUUUUAUGAAAUUUCAUUAUGUUUCUUUUGUCUGGGUCAUAGACAUUGAGCAAAUAUAUUUUCUGUUCUGAUAAAGGUUCUUAAGACUGCGCAUUCCCUAAAAAAUUUAAGUAGCUCUUAGGAGCAUGUCAUUUGGCUAUAAUAUUCAAGAAUUUAAAUUUUAUUACAGAAAAUAAUAAAAAGAAGAAAAUACUAUUAAAAAGAAAGUACUAUGAGGCAGUAAAAGUUUCUUUUAUGAAUUUCAAUAAUCGUCCAUAAUAUUCAAGUAAGCAAACAUGGAACUGCAACUUUUUGAAUUUUAAAAAUUUGAGUGCCCUAAUCAAGGGCUGAAGCAUCAAUGUUUUUGAUUUUCCAACACAGGUUUAGCGUCUGAUUCCCUGAUAGGCGUUACUGCACUUAGAUGCCUCCGUCUCAUAUGAGAAACAUUAUAUUAAGGGAUGGUAUUUACUCUUGAAAAGCCUUGAGCUCAUCAAACAUGAAGCCAUCACAUGCAAGUGGCUAACAGCACCCCUGGCGGCUCCAUGCAUUUUUUUUUUUUUUUGGUCUUUUUGCCUUUUCUAGGGCCACUCCUGCGGCAUAUGGAGGUUCCCAGGCUAGGGGUCCAAUCGGAGCUGUAGCCAAUGGCCUUCACCAGAGCCACAGCAACGUGGGAUCUGAGCCGCGUCUGCGACCUACACCACAGUUCACGGCAAGGCCGGAUCCUCAACCCCUUGAGCAAGGGCAGGGAUCGAACCCGUAACCUCAUGAUUCCUAGUCGGAUUCGUUAACCACUGCGCCAGGACGGGAACUUCGGCUCUAUACAUUCUUAACGAGCAUUCUCCCUCUAAGACGGUUUAUCGGAGCUGCCCUCGUGAUCUCAGGAGACUCCGCAGAGCAGCUGUGCAGGAACGCGCGUAUGUCCCUCACGUCAUUCAGCUGUAAUACGACAUAGUUAAGACAUGCGGUUUAUGACGUAGUUUUCUGAAAUGCGUAGGGAACACAACCUCAAGUUUAAAAGUGCACCUGCGUGAUAGAAACUGCAAGAACCUGGAAGCAGCCCACUGAGCCGGAUCCCUCCGCCUCCGCACUGCUGAGACUUGGGGGUGCGGCUUCUCUCCGGGGAGCGUCCUGUGCACUGAGGAGGGUGGGGCAGGCCAGGAGCCCCUCCCCAGGCUGUGAGAACCACGCCUUCCCCAGCCACGGCCCACCACCCUCUCUGGUGGGCAGCCCAGAUGAGAGCCACUGCAUCGCAGAAGAGUCUACCGCGAAUGGAUGAGCCGUUGCCCUGCGCGAGGAGCGUGGUCAAUUGCAGGGGUAGGGGGCCAGCUGGGUAAGGCAACUGUCUUUCACCUCCACUGGAAAAUCUGAUUAAAAAGGCUGAAUUUAGACUUGCGUCGGUGUUAAUGUGAGUACAAAGAGUCAUUCUGUGCGACAAUCCGUCAUUUGUGAUCACGGCUUAUCUGCUUAAUGUCGUUUGCUGCGCCGUGUGCUGCGGGGGCCCCCAAACGUACUAAUUCCCAUGAUUGCACAUGUCUCUAAGUCUUGUUAUACAGACUUUUCACACCUUCACCAGAACACAGAGGCUAAAUAGCUGUUGCAUGUACUUUAAAAUUCAUGUAAAAUAUCAAUCGAUACCUAAAGAUGGUGACGCUUACCUGUGGUUUUGCAUGGCCAGACUCAGCUUCUUAGCUCUACUGAAUAUUUUAGCAAGUUACACAGUCACAGAGGGAUUCACGGAGGCUGUAUGUAAAGCUAUUGUUAUUUUUCCUGAGUUAUAGGGUAGGGUACAGGAACAAGACGGCAGCCUUCUCAGCAGAUGGCCCCUAGAAAUCCUGUCCCUUAGAACAGUCAUUUCAAGCCAAUAUUUAUUUAUGUAUGUAAUAAAAAAUGUGUGUCUGUCAUGUUAUUUAGAGAGACGUAAUCUUGUAAAAAAAAAUUUGUAAAAAACAAAAACAUAUUGUAAAUAGCCUGAUAUUCCGUGACUCAUUAUUUUCAUGUUAGAGUUUGUACAUACUGAUUCCGUAAUAAAGGAUCUUUAAACCUG